AUGGACGAGCUGGCCGCCAGGUACCGCACGCUCCACACAUGCACUGCUACAUCACGCUCAGCCAGCUGCUCACCUGCACCAUGGACGAAUUGGCCGCCAGGUACCACACGCUCCACACAUGCACUGCGACAUCACGCUCAGCCAGCUGCUCACCUGCACCAUGGACAAGCUGGCCGCCAGGUACCACACGCUCCACACAUGCACUGCGACAUCACGCUCAGCCAGCUGCUCACCUGCACCAUGGACGAGCUGGCCGCCAGGUACCGCACGCUCCACACAUGCACUGCUACAUCACGCUCAGCCAGCUGCUCACCUGCACCAUGGACGAGUUGGCCGCCAGGUACCUCACGCUCCACUCAUGCACUGCGACAUCACGCUCAGCCAGCUGUUCACCUGCACCAUGGACGAAUUGGCCGCCAGGUACCGCACGCUCCACACAUGCACUGCGACAUCACGCUCAGCCAGCUGCUCACCUGCACCAUGGACGAGCUGGCCGCCAGGUACCGCACGCUCCACACAUGCACUGCGACAUCACGCUCAUCCAGCUGCUCACCUGCACCAUGGACGAGUUAG